CUUCUUCUUUCUUUCAGCCUUGAAUUACCCGUUCGGCUGAGAGAGCUUUUGGUAAAUGCGAGAUCUCUAUCGGGCAAACCGGACGACGCACCAGAUAAAGACCUUCGAGCGUUUAUAUACAGGGAAAUGUUUUCGUUCCUGGCAGUAAGUACCCUCAAAACCAAAUUGUCUGGUUUGCUUCUGCUUGGUAUUGUGAAUUUCAUUUAUUACCUUAAUUGAAGCAAAGUCUCUUCUUGACGAAACAUACGCACAUGAGUAAAUACACGAGGAUAGCUAUAGGUGUGAAAUUCACAACUGCGCUGCAUUCCACGUGCACGUCGCUGAGUCUGACAUACCUUGAGGCAGCUGUUUGGACCACACAUUCCGCUAUAUUGUUGUUCCUGGUAGUUCGUGGACGGCAAAGACUAGAACGCUCAAUUGCUACCGUACUUUCAUUUGGAUAACCGACUUAUAUUAUUUUGAAAUAGACCUAAACUGCGUGAUUCACUUUUACAUACAACAACUUUUAGGAUUGAAUGAAGCACUCAGAGCUGGGAUCAAAAAUUACCCGUAGGACAUUGACGUAUAUAUUCCUUUCCUUUUUUUUAUUUUAGUUUGACAAUGAAAUAGGAGACGGGUCGUCCUUAAUAUACCCCGAAGAGAUAGUUGAUGCUAUCCGAAAACUUUAUCCUGGGGAUGUAAAAAAUUAUACCCCGAGGAGCAGAAAGGUAACAAGACAAUUGAAAUAUGUUGUACGUAAGGUUACAUCUUGGAAAGAAAAAUUAUAUGUGAAAUGUAUUUCUUUUCUUGCAGCGGAAGAGCUUUUAUGAAGUCAGUCUGGAAGAGUUGGUGGAAGUCUAC